CCUUGAAACAACUAAUGAAAUCAAAGAUGAAUAAUUCAGCUAAUUAAAUCAAAGAUGAAUCAUUCAAAGAUGAAUCAUUCAAUUAAUUUCAACACUGAGUUUUGAAUUUCAACAUGUCUCUCUUUGUUCUCUUGACAAAUACACAGGUCCCAUUGCCAGACUUCACUGAACCAUUUUCCCCCACACUUUGACUGUAAUAUGAAUCCUUGGCCUAUAAAUAUCUCUAAGUAAGCCUCUGUCUCCAUCAGUCCUCUUGACUGGUCCAUCCAUGUUCUUGAGUCUCCUUAUUUUUCUAAAAUGAUGAAAGAACAUCUGAGCACCUGCCUCCUCUUCGCUCUGCUUUCUCCAGGUAAGUAGGAACCAGUAAAAUGGGAUUCUUUUUAUCCUUUUUAGAUGACACUGAAAAGCCUUGCUCCUUGUGAGGGAAUGAGAAUGGGGACAGGAGAUGAGAAUAAUGGGGGGGGGGAUUAUAGAAUUUUAAAGUUGGAAGGAACCCCUUCAAUGCAUAGAGUGCCACUCUCUGUGUUACAAUGCUAUUAUUGUUUCACAAAAUAGACCAAACCAUUUCUGCUUUGAUAUACCUGCAUGCUUGUGCCAAUAAAGGUUUCAGAAAGCAGUCUCUUGGGUCUCUAUAUAAGGAGCAGGCUAAGAGAUGAGUGAUGUCUUCUACCUGAGGCUGAUCACAAAUACAAGAUCUGUCUGUUAUAGCAGUCACUGAAGGCUGUGUUGGGCAUCCCUUGGAAAUUGGCAGUUCAAUAGUGGCAUUUGUUAAGGAAAGUGGCAAGCAUUUGAUCAGAUAACUUGCACUAGAAUACUCUAUUCUUAGGAGUGGAUACCAAGGGAAAACUUUGGUGUUUCUAAAUAUUUGCAUCCCCUUUUCUGGACACUUAUUCAAGGGCAAUGCAGAGCUCAGUUCAGAGAAACUAGAGGUAGUUUAAAACAUACUGAUAUUCAAUUCCAUAUAGCACAAGGCAUGGAAAUGCUACAUUGGAAUAGUAGCAAUUUUAAAAAUAUAUAUUUAAUUGAGCACAUUCCGCUCCACCUGGAUAAAAACUGCUGAUAUUCUUGAUGGUAGAGAGUAUAGCUUCUUUUUUUUAUUCUACACAGUUUCAAAAACUUUAAUGGAGUUUGACUCAGAUACUCAGAUUUCAAUGCCAUAGAGAAUUUGAGUACCCCUAUGAUUUUCUGUGUUUAACUUUCAUUGACACUUUCAGGAGAGUGUUCUGUGUAUUGUGUUCUUGGUCUAGGCUUUCUUAUUUACAAUAUGUACUGUACACCUCCAAGAGUUUUUUCAGGACUCAUUAAGAAAAAAAAGAGGUGCUCUAAAUUUAUUCACUUUUUGUUUAUUAUUUAAUAUAUUAUUUAAUUUAUUAAUUUUAUCUAAGUAUGUAUUUAUUAUUAAAUUUAUGUUCAAAACAUAAAAUCAUGGGCACUCAUCAAGAGAGAGAUCUCUCUUUUCCUAAUUACUGGAGAAGGGGAAAUUGCCUUGGAUAAAUAUGACACCCAAUCAUUAAUAAAAAAAGUUAUAGCCUUCCAGUUUAACACACAUCUACCCUCUUGCAUGCCACCUCCUUAGAAAGAAGGACAUCUUCUCCCACAUUAUAGUACUUUGACUAGUUAGGAAAACAGGAGUUGGAUGAUUAACAUGCAUUUGACUUCACUAUUUCAAAGAAUAAAUCUGAAAUAUAUUUUAUAUUUGCAUACAGGGUUUAUGUGUUUUAUAUAGCCAGACUGUCUCAUCCCAACCCAAUGUACCACUAACUUCAUUACCAUGUCAAGAAAUCUCCUGCAGCAACCUCUGUCUCCUUUAUGCAGUGACAUCUCUGACAUGUUCCAAUUGUCGUUUGCCACGUGACUAUGACGCUUGUGACGUCGUUAAAAAUCCACAUCGUGUCUGUAGGUCUUAUGGAAUCUGCUCCUCUGGUGUUCUGCAGAGCAAUAUACGUGAGUGAAAUCUUCUCACUUACUCUUGGUCACCCCAAGGAAUGACUUUCAUGUGUAAAUUAGUAUUAUUUAUUAUUUAUUUAUUGCAUUUAUAUCCCACCUUUUCUCCAAAAAGCACAAGGUGGUGUACAUGGUUCUUCCUGUUACAGAUAUCAAAUAUUGCACAGUUUGAAGUGACUGGAAUCAUAAGAACUGACUCCUUUGAAAAUGAAAUGUUGUUUAUGAAAUAUUGUUUAAACUCUUACUGGCAGAACUUUCUUCAAAACAGAAUUAAAACAUCAAAAAUAUCCAUAUAAUAUAUUGUGCUGUCCAGCACAGGCUCAGCUUCUUAUAAAAUAUGAAAUAAUCCAAACUGACCUAUAAGCAAAGGUCACUUUCUCUCUCUCCAGCCUGCUUUUCUGUCUAAAGGCUGUUUGUUCUCCCUUCAGGAGAGUCAUUUACAUGUUUUGUCUGUAGCUUUUAGAGAGAUGACUCUAUUUGCAUCUUCACACCACAGAGGCAAAGACUCAAAGGCAACUCUUUUUGAAAUGGGGAUUUCAACCCAGUACCUCUCUCAUGACCUCAGGUUUACAACGCUGACAUGUUAGCUAACUGAGAACAAUAAUCAGUUAGUUAAUCAUUAACUCUGCAAGGAGCUCAGAGUCCUUUAGAAAUGCUCAGUGUUACCAAUACAUGUUUAGUCAUUUUCCAUUUUCAUACAUACAGAUUUUUUCAUUUCUGUGUGAAUUAAACCACUAUACUUAACACUUCCCCCAUGCAUUUAACCUUGUGAGGUAGGUUAGGCUGAGAGGCAGUGAGUGUUGAACGUCACCCAGUGAGCUUAAUGACUGAGUGGAGAUUUGAACCCUGGCACCUCAUGUCCUAGCCUGACACAUAGCAGCCAUCCUCUGUCUCAUGAAUUUACUCCAACAUUGGUUGUCUCUUUCCAUCACAUUUCGGUUUCAGCAUAGAGAUCCUGGCAUGCAUCAGACCAGGGCUGGUUAAGUCCUCUAGAAGUUGCUGGACCACCACCCACAUCCACCUCAGCCAGCAUGGCCAAUGGAUGGAGAUGGUGGAAGCUAUAGUUCAGUAAAUUCCAGAGGGCCACAGUUUAGCCAUCCAUGCAUUAACCAGCAAUCUGCACUAUACCAGAAGCCAUGAACUCUGGUUUGAUUUUGGUUAGACUUCCAUCAUAAGGUGAGGCAGUAAGUUAAUUAAAUUAUUACAAAUUCAAUGCCGGCAUCAUUUGUGGCAGCUGUAGCUUUUUUCUCUUCUUGCUGCUGCACCAGAUGGUCCAGAUUAGAUUGUACAAAGAAAACAGAUGGUUGUCCUAGAACCCUACUUCUCCUUCCUGCAUUAUUCCAAGUAUCAAGGAGCUGACACAUAGCACAGUUCAUCCGCAGCUCAGAGAGAGACAAGGCAGCACCAGAUACCUUGCAGUUAGUCUUUUAUUAAAGAAUCUUAACAGAAAACACACAGAGACACCAAAAUAGACACUAUACCAAGCAGUUGCUGAGACUGUCUUGCACCUCCCACUUCUCUCCAUUCCCUCUGUGUCAGGACCCUCCCUCCAUCUACAGUGAGUCCCAAGAGACCCUCUCUAUCUUUGCCUGGUUCUCUGCACUGUUAUGUGUAUCAAAUCCCAUGUUCUGGGAGUUUGCAGGCCGUCAACAGAAAUACUAUUAGGGGGGCUCUGUGGUAAAGCUGCUAAGUCUGACUCCUCUCUUUGCUUCUUGUGGGGGCACCUGCUUCCCCCCUCCAUUUUCCUUGUCCUUCAAGCUCCCAAUCUUUACCUCCUCUGGGGUGUGUCCAGUUAUGCAGCACCAAAUCCGGGCUCCAAAUCCUCUUCCUCUGUACAUUCCCCGGGGAGCUCUUCAUCAGACAGUUUUCACCACUCCUUGUCAUCUAGCCAGUCCCUGACAGCAGGCAUAGAGACACCAGGCAUGGAGUUGAGUAGCAAAACUGAUUCUUUAUUCAAAGACACAAAACAUAAACAAAGCAUUCCACAGGCAGGUCUAGCCCAAUGAAGCAUUUGCCAGAGCUGAGGAUAUGAGCCUUCUACUUCAUCCUAAAGCACCUCCCCAGCUGGCUGUCUUCCCAACAGUCUCCUCUGAGGCGGGGCUCUCUGUGCCUUUUGUUCUGCUACAUGGAAAACCCUUCUCGUUCUUGGAGACAGGGGAGGAGGGGAGAGGAAAACCAUGGAACUGUCAGCCUGCUGGGUGUCUGUCAAAGUGUCAGCUUCUUCCUUCUCAGUUGCCUCACUCUGACUCAAGCCUGUUACUUGCUUUGCCUCCAACCUGUCUGCCUGCCCGCCCGCCCCCCACCUUCUACCUCUGAUCUGUCUUUUGAAUAGCACCAUCAUUCUCCUGGCUCAGAGGCUUCCCCCUCUGAUGUUUCGGGGGGGUCCCUGGCUGUAGCCUCCCACCAUUCCUCCUUGUCUAGUCAGUCUCUGACAUCAACAUCCUGUGAAAGAAGAUGUGUGUUGUGAUGUCAUCAGUCUCAGAGACCCUGGGCCCCUUCAGUUUGUUGCAGGGGGAUAGUAAAAUCAAAGUGCAAUGAUACUAAGCCAUGCAUCUUCAUACACUGUGCAUUUUGGAGGGAUUAAUAGGAUUGUUGUCUCAAAAGCAGAUACAUCUUCCUUUUAUCCUGAGUAUCCAGUAAUUUUAGAACACAAGGAAGGGCUAUAUGGCCUCUUGGCUUCACAAAGGCCCCUUGAACAUUGAGCAUCUCUAGGUUUCAGCUUCCAUUUCUCUCAUUGCCUGCAUGCCCUGGAAUAAUAACCUGAGAUACAAGAUUGUGGUAUAAAGGCAGAAAUUUAUAGACCCACUACAAUUUGUGGGUCUUCAGCAACAAUGAUCAAUAAGUGCAGGCUGGGACAACUGUGCAAUAAGUGAGGGAAACCUGUCUGUAUAACACCCUAGACAAAUGAUUCCUCCAUCAUCAGAAUGGUGCAAAUUCACCCCAUCUGAGAAAUCAGAUGCCCUUUUCAUCUGCUACAUCUUUCAACUAGUAUCUUCCAGACAGACAAAUUUAUUCCAGUCUCUACUAGAAAUGGGUGAAUGUGUCAAUUUUUGUUUCUUUUACUUUCUCAUUUCCCCCAAACUUAUAUAGUGCUUUGCACAGUAAGUAAAUAAAUAACUCAUGAAAAUGUGUCAACAUUUGAGAGCAAUUUUCUCCUAAUAAAACAUUUUCGUGCAGUUGUGACUAAUAAAAAUGUGAUUGUAAACCAUUUCCCCUUAAUACAAUAUAUGUGUGUCAGUUCUUUUAACUAAUAUAGCUGAGUUGCAUUCAGCUAAGUACUGCUCUGAGUAAAUACAGUGGUACCUCGGGUUAAGAACUUAAUUUGUUCUGGAUGUCCGUUCUUAACCUGAAACUGUUCUUAACCUGAGGUACAACUUUAGCUAAUGGGGCCUCCCACUGCUGCCAUGCCACCACCACUCAAUUUCUGUUCUCAUCCUGAAGCAAAGUUCUUAAUCCGAGGUAUUAUUUUGGGGUUAGUGGAGUCUGUAACCUGAAGCGUCUGUAACCCGAGGUACCACUGUAACUGAAAUGCAUGGCCCUAAAAUAGCCUUGCUCACUAACCAAAAUGAGUUGGAGUAGCAUUGAAUACCACCCACUGUUUACACACGUUUCCUUAAUAUUUGCAUCUUUGAAUGCACUGUGUACUGUUUUGCUGGAGAACUGAUUAGCAAAAAUCAGAAAAUUAUGGUUUGAUAGACACCAGAGCCUGGUGAUGCAGUCCCUCAGAAAUUUCACCAGAGUCCUGGAGCCUCUCUCUGAUUGGUUAACAAAACAGUUAGCCAGAGGGAGGUGGAGCAGCACUUUGGGAGGGAGAAUAAAAGUAGCAGUUUCUGGUAGGGUUGCCAUUUGUCCAGGACUUCCUGGACAUAUAUGGAAUAACACAUUCAUCAGCUGCGUCUGGGUGGAAAUUGGCUAAAUGUCAGGGUAAAUCUGGACAUAUGGCAGCCCAUGUCGGAAGUGCUGAUUUUGCCAAUUUCCCCUUAAAAUAGCUCAGAACCGUCGUUUUUUUGUGAUCUUGCCAAAAACUGCUCAACAACUUUUCUGUCUGGAUUUUCACUGUUUGCAAUAUGGCAGCCCUGUUUCUGGGAGAGAUAGUUAGAAAGGGCUUGAUUUGAGAUGUUAGAUAAGGUUCAGGUUGAGAGAUAGGGCUAGAUUUGAGAUGGGAGAUAGUGAUUAGGAUACAAUAUUAUAUGAUAGAGGGAGAACUGGUUCCGAUUUGAGUUGAACAUCCACACUGAGGAGUCUAUCUAUGGCAAGAGGAACUGUAACACCUGUUAUAUCUAAGUAAAGGAACAAGAGAAACUAUUAAACAUUAUACUACCUACACUAGAAACCUGAACAUCUACCUUAAGUGAACCAACUGAUUUUUAGCAACUGAAGUUUAAGAAGAGCUGUGUCUAUAAUACUGUCUUUAGGCCUGUGACAUCCUUAUAUUUAGUUUAAGUAAUAAGUUACCUUCUACCUGAAAGAAUGCAUCUCCUGAUCCAACCUUGUUUCACAAAUUCUUUUUGUAAAUAAAACUUUUCUGGAUUGUUCAACUUCUACCCAAGGCUCUAAAUCACUAAAUUUUCCCUUACACAAGACCACCCCCUUCCAAGGUAGCCUGUGGUAAAUUGUAGACAUUCAUUUAAUUAGUGUACUAUGAGGUGUGUCUGCUAUAUUUAAUUGGAGGCAAUUAGGGGGGUGAAUCCUCUACUUAAUUAAUUGGUGGUAAGCAGUGGGAUCUUCUAUAUAGGGAUUUUGAGGGAUAAUGGUGUUUGGGUUCAUCCUUUGGUUCAAGAACUGUGAAUUACAUAAUUUCUCACUGAAGAGUAAAAAUAAAUACAUUUAGAGUGAAUUAACUAGAAUUUUUGGAGAUUUGGGGUUUAUUUACUUUUGCUCCUUUCAGUUCAAUGCUAUCAAAAGGAAACCUACCGUCAAUGUGAGGACCCCAAUUUUUGUCACUCAGGUGAUUAUAGCGUCACUGCAGCUGAGGGUAAAUUUCUCUGGACAAAGGUCUUCUGCUGCAGAACGGAACUGUGCAAUUUGGAGCCUCUCCACCGUGAGUAUCUACAUCUAUGAAAUUUAAAGGCUUGUAAAACCAUUAUAUAAGAGCCACCUAGUUACAGGCAUAGUAGAGCAUUUAUGUCCAUUCAGACAUAGUGUGCAAGGGUCCAAGAGUAUCUACAGUUGAUCUUUGAAUCUGGAAUGGAUACAGUAAAUGAUCUCCUCUUAGGAUGCAGAAUAAUCUAGUGCUCCUUACUUACAUCAGUCAAAUUUCAUACAGGUAGGAGGUGGCACUGGAGGCAGAGAAGUAGAAAGAAAUAUGGAAAAUCUUGGUAUAGCACUGCCCAAUUUGGGUUCUGAGCUUGCCCAGUACUUGCUUGUGUAGCACCCUGCUUGUGGUUAGCGCUUAGCUGGAAUAAAAUAUUCAACGCAGCAAUAGAGAAAUUAAAAUAAUAAUUUAUUUGUCAGACAAAUAAAUGAGAGACACAGUGGUAUAUGGAUACCAAAGCUCUGCCCUUCCAGCCCUGAUGGCCAGCACUUAUAUUCCCUCAGCCCAGCCCCCUUGCUCCUCCUUUGGCUGCCUCUGUCCAAUCAGCCUGGUUGAAAUUCCUAUUGGCUGUUUGCUAGAACCAAUCAUAAAAGAUACACCCAUUUCCUAUUACCUUUUAUGGGAGACAAAGAGCUAUAUUUCCUUCUACCCAUAAAUGGCAGACAAGUAGCCAUAUAUCUUACAUUUGCCUCGACCAGGCACCUUAAUUACCAGAUAACCUUUUUGCCCUAUUGCCCUAUUCACUCCAGAACAGAUGGCUAAUGGUUUUAAUUUUUAUCUUAAACAGAGAUCUUGGGUUCACCUUCUCACACACCAUCAAUGAAAUAAGAAUCUAACAUAAGAAUCUAACAUUUCUUACUUUCUAAAUCCUUUGCAUAAUUACAUUUAAGCCAAUAUAUUUCAUACAUAACAUAGAUAGAUUUUUAGAAGGAAAGGAACUUAGUAAAAAACAGUUUCCAAGAGCAACCUCUUAGAUCUACACCCCCCUUUCAAGACAGCUGCUGUUUCUAUUUUUUAAAAAAAAAGAUAUUUAUUAAGAUUUUCAAAAUGUUACAAAACAAAAACAAAAGAAGAAAAAAGUACAAAAAUAAAAAUGGCUAAAAACAACUCAAUCUUUCCAUUACUUAUUUUUCAUUAGCUUAUUUCCCGGACCUCCUCACGCCUCCCUUUUUUGUAUUCCAGUUCAGUUUGUUGGUUCAGCAAAUCCUUACCCUCUUUGUUUAUCCUAAUCUUUAAUCUUAAAAUAUUGUAACGUUAAAUUUUUACCUAUUAAUAAUCCAUUUUUCAUAUUCCCUUAUAGUAUUACAGCUGAAAACCACUUAAUUUCUAUCCAACAUCAUUCUAACAUUCAUUAAUUUUACAAUAUUUCUGUAGAUAGUCCUUAAAUUUCUUCCAAUCUUCUUCCACCGACUCUUCUCCCUGGUCUUCGAUUCUGCCAGUCAUUUCCGCCAAUUCCAUAUAGUCCAUCACCUUCAUCUGCCAUUCUUCCAGAGUGGGUAGAUCUUGUGUCUUCCAAUACUUUGCAAUGAGUAUUCUUGCUGCUGUUGUGGCAUACAUAAAAAAAGUUCUGUCCUUCUUUGGCACCAAUUGACCGACUAUGCCCAGGAGAAAGGCCUCUGGUUUCUUCAAGAAGGUAUAUUUAAAUACCUUUUUCAAUUCAUUAUAUAUCAUCUCCCAGAAAGCCUUAAUCCUUGGGCACGUCCACCAAAGGUGAAAGAAUGUACCUUCAGUUUCUUUACAUUUCCAACAUUUGUUAUCGGGCAAAUGAUAAAUUUUUGCAAGCUUGACUGGGGUCAUGUACCACCUGUAUAUCAUUUUCAUAAUAUUCUCUCUUAAGGCAUUACAUGCCGUGAACUUCAUACCUGUGGUCCAUAACUGUUCCCGGUCAGCCAUCAUUAUGUUAUGACCAACAUCUUGUGCCCAUUUGAUCAUAGCAGAUUUCACCGUUUCAUCCUGAGUAUUCCAUUUCAACAGCAAGUUAUACAUCUUUGACAAAAUCUUAGUUUUGGGUUCUAACAGUUCUGUUUCUAAUUUUGAUUUUUCCACCUGGAAACCAAUUUUCUUGUCCAAGUUAUAUGCCUCCAUUAUCUGAUAAUAAUGAAGCCAGUCUCGCACUUUGUUUUUUAAUUUCUCAAAACUCUGCAAUUUCAGUCUAUCUCCAUCUUGUUCCAAAAUUUCCCAAUAUUUCGGCCAUUUGGCCCCAUAUUGAGCUUUUUCAGAGCUUUCGCUUCCAUCGGUGAUAGCCACCUUGGGGUUUUAUUUUCCAAUAAAUCCUUGUAUCUUAUCCAAACAUUAAACAAUGCUUUCCUGACAAUAUGAUUUUUAAAUGCUUUGUGUGCUUUGACCUUAUCUUACCACAGAUAUGCAUGCCAUCCAAAUACAUUAUUAAAACCUUCUAGGUCCAAAAUGUCAGUGUUUUCAAGAAGCAGCCAUUCUUUCAACCAGCAAAAAGCUGCUGAUUCAUAGUAAAGUUUAAAGUCUGGCAGGGCAAAUCCACCCCUUUCCUUUGCAUCAGUUAAUAUCUUAAAUUUUAUUCUGGGCUUCUUGCCCUGCCAGACAAAUCUAGAGAUGUCUCUCUGCCACUUCUUGAAGCAAUCCAUUUUGUCCACAAUUUGCAAUGUUUGAAACAAAAACAACAUUCUAGGCAAUACAUUCAUUUUUAUCGCAGCAAUACGACCCAGCAGUGAAAGCUUCAAAUUUGACCAAAUUUCUAAAUCUUUUUUCACUUCAGCCCAGCAUUUUUCAUAGUUGUCUUUAAAUAGGUUCCCAUUUUUGGCUGUCAUAUUAAUCCCCAGGUAUUUCACUUUCUUAACCACUGUUAAACCUGUUUCAUUCUGAAACCUCUCUUUCUCAAUCGGUGUUAAGUUUUUCUCUAAAACCUUGGUUUUUAACUUAUUUAGUUUAAAUCCAGCAACCUGACCAAAUUCUUGAAUCAGUUCUAAAACCCUUUUGGUACUAGAUUCUGGCUCCUGUAACGUCAGUACUAAGUCAUCUGCAAAUGCUCUCAAUUUGUACUGUUUAGCUCCGACUUGUAUACCUUUAACCAACUGGUCCCUUCUAAUCAUAUUCAGCAAAACCUCCAGGACCGAUAUAAACAGCAAUGGGGAAAUUGGGCAGCCUUGUCGUGUCCCUUUUUCUAUCUUAAAUUCUUCCAUCACCACAUUAUUUACAAUUAGUUUAGCCUUUUGUUCUGAAUAAAUUGCACUUAUACCGUUUUCAAAACCUUGGCCUACCCCCAUCCCCUGUAGGUUCUUCUUCAUAAAACUCCAAGAGAUAUUGUCAAAAGCUUUCUCCACGUCCACAAAUAUCAAAACUGCUUUAGUAUUUAUGUUCACUUCUAGUUUUUCCAAAAUAUCAAUUAUAUUCCUCAAAUUGUCAGACAAGUGUCUUCCUGGGAGAAAGCCCGCUUGGUCUUUAUGGAUCUCUUCCAUCAACACUUUUUUCAAUCUCUUGGCCAAAAUGUCUGCAAAAAUUUUGUAAUCCACAUUGAGUAAUGAUAUGGGGCGGUAGUUCUUAAGCUGAGUCUUUUCAGUCUCUGUUUUCGGUAUAAGUGUAAUAUACGCUUCUUUCCACGACUCUAGUGCCCUUUCCCUUCCAAUAUUUCAUUACAGACUUCCUUUAAAGGUUGUACUAACCACUCUUUCAAGGAUCUAUAGUAUCUAGAAGUCAGCCCAUCCGGUCCUGGAGAUUUGCCCAAUUGCAUGUUUUGAAUGGCACCUUCUACUUCCUGUUCAGAUAUUUUAUAAUUCAACAUUAAUUUACUUUCUUGAGAGAUUUUUGUAAUCCAUUUGUCUUCAAAAAUCGAUCUAUGUCCAUUUCUUUCUGUGGCCCUUGUGUGUAUAAUUGUUUAAAGUACCUCUGGAAACAGUUUCUAAUCUCAGUUGGGUUGUGAAUGUUCUUUCCUUCCACUUCUAAAUUUGUGAUAGUAUUUAAUUUUUGCCUUUUUUUCAUUUGCCAAGCCAACAAUUUCCCACAUUUAUUAGCUGAUUCAAAUGUUUUUGUCUCAUUUGUUUAAUUUUCCAUUCUAUUUCCUGGUUCAUCAUUUCCAUAUAUUGUACUUGAUAUAACUUUAUUUCUCUCAAAAUCUCCUGCGACUUUGGUUUUGCUCUCAAUUUCUUCUCGCUUUCUUUUAUUUUCUCCAGUAUUUUAUCUUUCUUCUCAUUUUGGCUUCUCUUCUUUAUAGCAUUCUGUUGUAUCAGAAACCCUCUCAUGACCGCUUUGCUUGCGUCCCAGAUUACUCUUUUUUCUACAUUAGUAUUCAUAUUUAUCUCAAAAUAGUCUCUCAAGGUUUUUUGGGCCUUUUUAUACACUUCUUCAUCUCUGAAUAAGGUGUCAUUCAUCCUCCAUCUGGAAGGAGCCAGUUGAUAUUAGUUUCAUCUCCAUCCUUACAGCAUUAUGGUCGGAGCAGGUUUUUGGACAAAUUUCCGCUUUCUUUAUCUUUGGUGCCAUUCCUCUAGUUACCCAUAUUUGGUCAAUUCUAGUCCAUGUCAUCUUGGCUUCAGAGAAGAAGGUUCCCUCUCUUCCCAAGGGAUUCUUUGUUCUCCAAGUAUCAACUAAGUCCAAGUUGUCUGUCAUCUCAAAAAAUGUUUUCGGUAGUCUACCAUCCUUGGUGACCACUUGUCUUUGUGCCUUAUCCAUAUUUGUAGAUACUACUCCAUUCAUAUCCCCCAUCAAAAUCAGAUUGUAAUCCAAAUAGUCCAUUAAGGUCUCAUGCAACUUUUUAAAGAAUUCAGAUUUCCCCUCGUUCGGUGCAUAAAUUCCUACUAUCAAAAAUUUCUCUCCUUGAACUUGAAUUUCAAUUGCCACAAAUCUUCCUUGAUCGUCUUUAAAAAUAAAUUUCGGCGAUAGCCUCUCCUUUGCAUAAAUCACUACUCCUCUUUUUUAACUUUAUCAGAUGAAAUAAACUCCUGUCCCAAUCUCUUGUUAAUCAAAACUUUUCUGUGUAGCCUUAUCACAUGUGUUUCCUGUAGGCAAAUCAAGUCCAAUUGUUCCUUUUUUAGUAAAUGAAAGACACUUUUCCUUUUCCGAGGAGAAUUGAGGCCAUUACAAUUCCAACUUAAAAGUUGCAGAGCCAUGAUGGGGUUACUUCGCUUUACCUCCAACUGCGCCAAGUGUUUGUUCUUGUUCUGUCGGUGGUAUCACUUUCUCUGGACCAUGCAAUCCAAAAGAUAAGUUUGCUAUAUCUAUUAUUCCUCUUUCCAGUGCUUUUGGCUCUUCUCCAGAUUCCACUUCUUUCUGUAGAUCUUCUCCGUGGUCUUUCAAGAAUUUAUCUUUAUCAUUGACUGAUCUUAUUUUUAUCUUUCUUCCUUUAUAUUUAAAGGACAGGCCUUGGGGGAAUUCCCACCUAAAGAUGAUUCUAUUACUUCUCAGCAGGGCAACCAGAUCUCCGUAAUUAAGCCUUAAGUCCAAAAGAUGUUUUGGAAUGUCCGUAAAUAUCUCCACACUUGAAUCAUAUAUUUCCAGAGUCUUUUGGUAAUGCAGAUUCAAGAUUUUAUCUCUCUCCUCUUUUGUUCGAAGGGUAAUCAAACAGUCUCUCACCUUGUUCUUCCUUCCUCCUCUUCCAAGUCUAAAUGCGCUCACUAUCUUAAAUUCUUCCUUCCCCAAAUCCUGUUGCCAGAAGUCUGCGAAUUCCUGCGUAAGAAAGUCAAUCAAGUUAUCUUUCUCAAGUUCUGGUACAGCCCUGAUUCUCAAAUUUCUUUGUUUCUCUUUCAAUUCAAUCAUAGACAACGUCAAACUGUGGUCCUCGAGUUGCCUAUAUAUCGGUGGUAUCUUCUCUUGAAUGGCAGUUGCUAUGUCUUUUGGUUCUUCAGCUGUCUUUCGGGUCAAGGCAGAUUCCUGUAACAAUUUCUCAAUAGUCUCUGUAUUGGUAUUCACCUUCUGUCCCAAAUUAUUGAUACUUGUAGUAUUUUCAUCAAUUUUAACUGAUGCUUCAGCUACUUGUUUAUUUGUUUCAGCUACUUGUUUAGUUAAAUUUUCCAAAGAUUCAUUAAUUUUUCCUAGUGUCAGAGCCAAAACAUCUUCAGACGACAUUACUUUUGAUUUAACUUGUGGGGGUGCAGCCCCUGAUAAUCCAGAUGGUCCAGAAGGACCAGAUGUUGAAGCUCUUCGCUGCGACGCAGUAUCUGUCCGAUAGGGUCUGCCAGACCUAGUAGUUUUUUCCUCUAACUUUCCUCUUCCAUCUGCCAUAACACUCUCAAGAAGUCCAAAGUCAGUCCCACGGUUAGAAUUUGUUUUGAAAUGGAAAGUUCCCUAAGCCUCAAGUUGUUAUUGUAAGAAUGUCAAACCUUCUCUAGGGGGACACAGUAACAGUCAAAACUUGCAACUUGAAAGAAAAAAAAAUAGUCCUUAUAAAUCCCCCAAUUCACGAAAAAACAACAGUUUCAAUUGCACUUAAUCAGUUACUUUAAAGCCAGGAGAAGUCCAGAAACACUGUAUCUCUCUUGCAGAGUUAGCUGUCAAAAGUACUCUGUUUACCGAUAGUGCUUUUCACAGAGCGGCAUUCCUUGUCUCAGGGCAGUCCGUUCCCAGGCUCUAAGCAGUGGAUUUUAGCUUCCUUUCCCUCUUUUUUUGCAGGUAGAUACAGUUCAAACCUUUCCCCCCUCCUCUCCUGCAAUCCGGAGGGGAGAUCGCUUUUCUGAUGUUAGGAUUUAAGUCUUUUUUCAAGCGUCUUUCAAAGUUUCCGCUUACAGUCUCUUUGCUUUGAUCUAUUUACAAGCAAGGAAGGCGGACUUCCUGUUUAUGCCUUCCCGCUUCGGUGCCGAAUUAAAUUAUUUUUCCCUUUAAAUCCAAUUUUAUCCUACUCACGGGUAGUUACUUUAGAGGUCAAAUUGUCCCAGGAAGAAGUCAGCGCUCUCCGAUAACGGCUGUGCGGCUUCACUCCGCGGAAAAAGCAGUCGACUCUCAGCACCGCGCCGCUCACCCCGUCUCGCUCCGGAACCCCUAAAGGGGUCCCUUCGCAGUUUGGGGGUGCAAAAGGUGCCCGCCGAGUCCCCACGUUCACAGGCUUCACCCGCCUGUGAUUUUUAAAGGGUCCCCGCUUUGCCGCAGCGGUCAGACCCGAUCCCGCGGAGCUGGUCCCUCAGAGACUCAGAGGGAAUCCGCCAUUAUCGAUGGCGCCAACCCGGAAGUCCGCCAGCUGCUGUUUCUAAAAGCUCUUGCCCUUUAACCUUAUGAAAAUAUGGCUCGAGUCUUCUGUUAAACAAUAAAUUUCACUAUUUACCAACUCUUAAUUGUGUCUUUGCAGCUUGAUUGUAUUCUGUAAUUUGUAUGGUCAGUGUGACCUUUUGCUCCCAGCCUGUAAUUUCCUUUUACAACCCUGAGGCACUGUCUCCUGCUAAUGCUACAAAUCAGAGGGGCCCUGUUUAGGAAGAUAAACAUCUGCCAAAGCACUUGGCCAGCUGGUUUCUGCCUGGCAUGAGAGAUACAAACAUUUACAAAUAUAUAUUUUUUUUAAGCUCAUUUUAAAAUGUAGGCCUUGAUCUGAUGCCUCACUUGCACUUACAGAGAGAGGGAGGGAGAGAUAUUGCCUCCAAGGGAAAGCAGCUGUCAGUGCCUUCGGAUAUGGAAGUCUAGAAACAGCAGAUAGUUUGCCAUUCAGAGAUGAUCAAGAGACAAUCCUAAUCUGCAAAGUUGAUGGCAGUUGUAGGACACAAUGUGGAGGUUCAAUUCCAGCUAUGGUAUUAAGUUACUAGAAGGCAUGAAAAAAGUGAAGUGAUGUUAACAAUAAAGAGAGUGGGGAAUGAGGUCUAUCAAUAUGCUAACUGUAGGUUUUUGCUUUGGUAGUUCCACCUCGUGAGGAUCUUCUCCCCAAUGGUCUUCACUGCCCAGCCUGCUACAGCAUGGUCGGAACUAGAACACCACAUAAUUGUCAAAAUCAGGGGAAUGUCAGCUGCCUUGCCUAUGAGACCAAGUGCAUUGACUAUUCUAGUAUGCUUGUGUGUGAGUAAUAUUGCCAAUCAUCCAAGAAAGUCCACUCCUCUCUGUCUCUUUCUUACUGCCAGAAAAGCACUGACUUAACUUUGUUUGCAUUUUAUAUGUUUAUAGCUUUGAUUUCUUUCUCUGAGGGAAAGAGGAUGCUCUUGUCCUGUUUUGGAUUCCAAUCUACCUGUUAGAAUUCUAUAAGAACUAGAUGGGACAGACUCAUUCAUGGCAGGAUUUUACAUUUUGUGGGCAUCUUACAAAAGUACAAAAGGCUCCUUACAGCACACCUUUUCUUCUAAUGCACAAGGGGCAUCAGAGCAGAGGGACUCAAGGGAGGGUGCAGGACCAGCCAGCACAUCACUGCUCCUCCUCAUAGCAGUAUGAACCAUUGGGUGCUGGUCCAGGAGGUCUGUGUCUUGCCACACACCUUGGCCAAAGGUUUAAAAGCAAAGGAAGCUGGGAGAAAGAAGGGUCCUAGCAGUACAAAUAUGUUCCUUGUUCCUCAGAAAUGAGUUGCACAGUGUUCAUCGAGUCUUACUGCCUUAGAAGUGUGCAGAAGAACUGCAGCCUUACUCUAGCAAAAUACAAGGGAUGGAAGAUGGUAAUUUAAUGUUUACAAUGCCAUGCUGGCAAAGAUUAGUGGGGGAUUUGUCCUGCUUAUGGCUCCUCACCCUUAUAUUUAAUUCCCAACACAUGUCAUUGGGAGGCUUUCUAAAUGACUUUGAGAAGUGUGUGGUGUGGCAUGCCUACCAGCCAAGUGGCAUCACUAUGUUUUCAGGAAACCCAGCUUCAAGGGAGAGAAUCAGUAGGCAACCCAAUUCUCUCCAUUCUGCUUUUGCAGCAUAGCUUCAACUCAAGCCAAACUGAAAAGGAAGUUCCCUGCCAAAUGUGGAGCCUGCAGGCUCCACGUUUGGCAGGGAUCAACUGCAAUAUGCAGUUUUUGAUCCCAAUGCCAGCACAGCUUACUGCCAGUGUCACUUGGCUGAUUGGCAAUGGUAGAAAACAUUGCUUUCAACAGGAGAUUAAGAUGACUGGCUGGGGCUGUAAGCCAUGCUUCUCAAGCAACAAUUCAGAGAGAUUUCCUAGACUCCUAGUUUUUCUUCUGCAGCUGUGAACAUACCCAUCACAAAUGUGAUGUAAUACAAUAUUGGUGAAAGGCGAGUGGGUGUUGCUUGGUUAAAAUGGACAAAUUAUGCCACCUGCUUGGCUUAAUUUGACUCACAGGGUAAGAUUCCUAAGGCAUGCACUAGCGAUAUAUGUGUCUGCUGGAUUAAUCAUACAGUAUGCUGGUUCCAAAGGGACGCGGGUGGCGCUGUGGGUAAAACCUCAGCGCCUAGAACUUGCCGAUCAUCAUGUCGGCAGUUCGAAUCCCCACGGCGGGGUGUGCUCCCGUCGUUCGGUCCCAGCGCCUGCCAACCUAGCAGUUUGAAAGCACCCCCGGGUGCAAGUAGAUAAAUAGGGACCGCUUACUAGCGGGAAGGUAAACGGUGUUUCCGUGUGCUGCGCUGGCUCGCCAGAUGCAGCUUGUCACGCUGACCAUGUGACCUGGAAGUGUCUUCGGACAGCGCUGGCACCCGGCCUCUUAGGUGAGAUGGGCACACAACCCCAGAGUCGGACACGACUGGCCCGUACGGGCAGGGGUACCUUUACCUUUACCUUUUUAUGCUGGUUCCAAGCACACUGAACUUUAAUAACAAUAGUAAUUCCUACACCCCACAAAGUCCCAUUAAAGAACUAAUGCAAAACUUAUGCUUUAUUUCCUAGUUGACCAUGAUAUUUUCGACCUCAUAUUCCAAGGCUGUGCAUCUGAAGACAUGUGUGCCCUUGAUGGAAAACACUUUAGCUUUGGCUAUAUUGCAUUAAUUAAUGUUAAAGCAAAAUGCUACGAUCCUGAGAAAUCUUCAAGACAGAUCGACCUCAAAGGGUAAACAGGAGAGAGGAAAGCUCUCCUCUUUAUUAAUUCCACCAUUCAUGGUAGUGGCAGAAGAUACUAGGAGCCUAGUGGUAAGAAGAGG